UGUGUAAUCAUCAGGAAGAAGAUCAACAAUCACUUCCACAAGAUGACUUCCUACCACAUAGAUCAAUCGUCAACAUGUCUACCAGAAGAUCAACUCGCUUAGCUAACGGACAAAAAAAGACAGAGGAGGAUUCCACCACACAAAAAGCCCCUACUCGCUCAAAGGCCCAAAAGACAUCUAACAAGAAAGAAGCUGGUCCAUCAUCACGUAAAGAAGAGGAUGCAUUCAAGUAUUUGCUAUCCGAUAAUGCAUAUAAUCUAGCAUAUCCCAAAAUUGAAGCAGGAUAUGGCGAAAAGGAUUGGUCAUCAGAAGAAAGACGUAAACCGCUACCGAAAGAAGAAUCGGGUCAAAUGAAAAAGAAUGCUUCCAACGAAAGGGGAUAUUCAAGCAAAGACUUGACACCUUUUGAAGUAUUGCUGUGUGCAGUUUUGAUGUCAAAGCCGCUUUCACAUCGUUUAGGUUUGCGUACAAUCUCUACCCUCUUCAGCCCACCGUUUGGUCUCAAUACGCCAAAGGCCCUGGAAGAAGCAGGCAAGGAAGGAAGACGGGAGGCAAUGUACGAAGCAAGGACGCAACAUAAGGAUAAAACUGCAUCUCAAUUGGGAGAUUUGGUGGAAGGUUUGAGAGGGAUCUGCAAAAGUGAAGAAGAUGUAAUCUCUCUCAAAGCUGUUUGCGAUGUAUGUAAAAAAGCAAACACUCAAGAAGAAGCAAUAGAAGAAGUCAAAUCAUUCUUGACUGCAAACGUAAAGGGACUCGGACCAACCGGGGUUGAAAUCUUUCUACGUAGAAUUCAAUCCCAUGAUGAAUGGCAAGCAGUCUAUCCUUUCAUCGAUGAACGCGCAGCAAACACAGCACAUCAGCUUGGAUUAACAUCAACGGCCGAUGCGAAAUCAGCGGCUAAAGAAUUACAAAAAAGCCUAGGCAAAGAUGCAUCACCAACAACUUUUGUCCGUUUGAUUGACGUUCUUGUCGGCUUAGGCUUAGAGAAAAAAGUUGAAGAGGUAAAAAGCAUUUUGUCAUAAAGAUGGCGCCGAGAUACGGCUUCACGCGCAGAAGAUGGCGGCGGUGUUUGGCUGAUGACGCAUUUCGGGCUGACUUGUUUGUCUUUUGUUUUUCCUGUGUCAAGAUAUGAUCUGCCUUUCUAAACACUUCAAAUC